ACUCCAAUCAUCUUCUUAUCGGGGAAGGCAACGACUCAGCAGAUCGUUCGGUCAAUUGAUUUCAUCUAAUUCGUCAGGAGUCAAGAAAAUGGCGAGAAGUGGUUUCAAGCUAGAGCAUGACUUAGAAAAGAGGCGUGCUGAAGCUGCAAGAAUUAGGGAAAAGUAUCCGGAUAGAAUUCCAGUUAUUGUGGAGAAGGCAGAAAGAAGUGAUAUUCCUAACAUUGACAAGAAAAAAUACCUAGUCCCAGCUGACCUUACAGUCGGUCAAUUUGUGUAUGUAAUCCGAAAGAGGAUUAAGCUGAGUGCAGAGAAGGCAAUCUUCAUAUUUGUGGACAAUGUCCUCCCUCCAACAGGAGCAAUAAUGUCAACAAUCUAUGACGAAAAGAAGGAUGAAGAUGGAUUUCUCUAUGUUACAUACAGUGGAGAAAAUACAUUUGGCUAGUACACCAUUCACUCCACGUACAUAAAUAUUGUCGUCUUAAAUAAUAAAGGCCUCACGAUGCCAGUAUUAAUUACCCGUGCUGUUAUUGCAUGUACAUUAAUAUGUAUAUAUAUAUACCCUCUUUGUAUGAAAUCAGAUUAUGUGAUGUCUCCAAGUUUCCAUCUUUGUCUAUUCUCAGGACAAUAUCUAUUAUGGGAAUUAGAAAGGUUGGCAAUUCAAGAAUUUU